AUGCGCAGCACCAAGGUGACGCCAGGCCCGUGCCGCGCCUCGGUGCUGCAUUCGCACUACAGCAUCAAGCACCACCGUGGCCUAGCUGUCACUAGCCUUCUUCUCUCUGCGUCCCUCGUCGCCAUGCCCUUUCAAGCCUACAUCUCAGAAACUCUGCCUUGGGCAACGGCACUGCCCGUGGCCCACGACCUAAGUAACCUCACGGUCUUCAACCAAACGGCUCUCGCCACGCACCAAGCGCUCUACUCGCACUCGACGCUUCCUGAUGGCGCGACGUACGUUUUCGACAUCGCGCGCAACGCCCACGUGUGUCGGCACGUCUUGUCAAGUAGUAGCCGCAGCCCCUUGAGCCUUCCGGGGGUCCUUUUCUACGGCCGCGCGAUGGUCGACCUGUGGCAGUCGUUCGCCAACGACUCGGCCAGUGGUACAUGGCAUCAGCGGGGCACGUACAACCCUCUCGACAGCGCCGAGUAUACGCUGACGUAUGUGCUGACACAAUACCCUUACCCGGCGCUCAUCUGGUUCAAGUUUUUGUGGCGUAUUGGCUCGACGGUGCUGCUGCUCACAUUGCUCUGGCGACGCUAUUUUAGCCCGCUCAUGGGCUUGGCGCACGACCUCGCUGUGCGUGGCCACCGCAACGACUUGAUGCCGGAGCAUACGUGGCGCUACGAGCUGAUUGCGGGCGACCCCACCGCCCCGUUACUCGUCGAUCCGUUUGUGGUCGGCGCCUUUUUUGUUGAUUUUACGCUCAGUCCGCACAUGGUGGCGGUCGCCAUGCUCCGAUUGCUUCAAGUAAGAGACGUUGGCGCGUUGUGCAAGGCGGUCCUCUAUCUCUUCCGCAUGAUUUGGUUUGCCUGCUUUUCGCUUGUCGCGGUCAACAAGCUGCUCAAGCGCUGCCGACUCGAGCACGUCUUUACUGAAGUGGACCCGACGUGGCUCGGCCUCGCGGUGCUGGUGCUUGGCCCGUCGUUGUGGGUCAUCAACGUGGCCGUGCCGUGCUUCUUGGAUGCCUAUCGCUACCUUCUCGUGUGCUUCUAUAUGACCAACGGCCUUGUUCAAAUUGAAGUCGCCGUCGCGGGCGCGGUCUAUAUUCUGAUCAUUGCCAUGAUCCCGCUCUGCUUUGGCCUGCGUCCAACACCAUUCUGUCGGCGCCGACGCGCGCGGCGUGUACGCUACAGCAGUUUUUUGUACAACUCGGCAAAAAAUCGCCUUCUGUUUUCGCUCGUGCCGGCGCUGCGCGGAGAAGAGAACAAGAAUUUCGGUGGUUCCAUCUACCUGCUCUUUCGACGCUGCGCCCGCGCCAAGGCUUUUCCGGUCGUCAACACGCGGGGGGCCGACUGCUAUCUUCUCUGCUACUGCGACAACCAAAGCAGCGACAGUAUUGUCGAGAUUGUGACAGGUGCGAGUGCCUACUGCUUCAACCACCUUCUCCUGUGCCCCCUUCACGCGUCGCCCUGGUGCAUGUGA